AUUGAAAUUGACACGGUUGCUAAGGAAGUGGGUCGCAGAGCCUGGUUGCUAAGGAAGUGAGCGGCCGCGUUCUCUCCCCAUCCGGGGCAGCGGGGAAUGGCUGAGCCCGGGGUUCGCCGCCGCCGCCCGGUCUCGGCUGCGGCUGCAGGGCAUCUCCAGUGAUUUGAAUGGGGACUGCUGAGACAUCCAGCCCUGUGGAUUGAACAACUGCCUGUUUCUUGGCCUCUAUGGACUUUAGCAUCCUGAGCCAUUUUCGAUUCAUAGCUCUCAAAGCUAAGCUGGUCAGAAUUCAUCAUGUCCAAGUUAAAAAGCUCAGAGUCAGUCCGGGUGGUGGUUCGCUGUCGGCCCAUGAAUGGCAAAGAAAAGGCUGCAUCCUAUGACAAGGUAGUAGACGUGGAUGUGAAGCUGGGGCAGGUGUCCGUGAAGAACCCCAAAGGCACAUCCCAUGAGAUGCCCAAGACCUUCACCUUUGAUGCCGUCUAUGACUGGAAUGCUAAGCAGUUUGAACUCUAUGACGAGACGUUCCGACCACUCGUGGACUCUGUCCUACAGGGAUUCAAUGGCACAAUUUUUGCCUACGGACAAACGGGAACUGGGAAAACCUAUACUAUGGAGGGAGUCCGUGGUGACCCUGAGAAAAGAGGGGUCAUCCCCAACUCAUUUGAUCACAUCUUCACCCACAUUUCUCGAUCGCAGAAUCAGCAGUACCUGGUCAGGGCUUCUUACUUAGAGAUCUAUCAGGAAGAGAUCCGGGACUUACUCUCAAAGGAUCAAACCAAAAGGCUAGAGCUCAAGGAGAGACCUGACACAGGCGUGUAUGUGAAAGAUUUGUCUUCCUUUGUCACCAAGAGUGUGAAGGAGAUAGAGCAUGUGAUGAAUGUGGGGAACCAAAACCGGUCUGUCGGUGCUACCAACAUGAACGAGCACAGCUCACGGUCACAUGCGAUCUUUGUCAUCACAAUCGAAUGCAGCGAGGUGGGUCUAGAUGGUGAGAACCACAUCCGGGUAGGAAAACUGAACCUUGUAGAUCUUGCUGGCAGUGAGCGGCAGGCCAAGACUGGCGCUCAAGGGGAAAGACUAAAGGAGGCGACCAAGAUCAACCUGUCCCUUUCAGCCUUGGGUAAUGUUAUCUCUGCCCUGGUAGAUGGCAAAAGCACCCAUAUUCCAUAUAGAGACUCAAAGCUGACUAGGCUUCUCCAAGAUUCCCUUGGUGGCAAUGCCAAAACUGUUAUGGUAGCCAAUGUGGGGCCUGCGUCUUACAAUGUAGAGGAGACCCUAACCACUCUGAGAUAUGCCAACCGUGCCAAAAACAUUAAGAACAAGCCAAGGGUCAAUGAGGACCCAAAGGAUGCUCUGCUUCGAGAAUUCCAGGAAGAAAUUGCUCGGCUCAAGGCCCAGCUGGAAAAACGUUCCAUUGGCAGGAGGAAGAGGAGAGAGAAGCGGAGGGAAGGUGGUGGCAGUGGCGGGGGUGGGGAGGAGGAGGAGGAGGAGGGAGAAGAGGGUGAGGAGGAAGGGGAUGAUAAGGAUGAUUACUGGCGGGAACAGCAAGAAAAACUGGAGAUUGAGAAGCGGGCCAUUGUAGAGGACCACAGCUUGGUUGCAGAGGAGAAGAUGAGGCUGCUGAAGGAGAAGGAGAAAAAGAUGGAGGAUCUGCGGCGGGAGAAGGAUGCUGCCGAGAUGCUGGGUGCAAAAAUCAAGGCCAUGGAGAGUAAGCUGCUUGUUGGAGGAAAAAAUAUAGUAGAUCAUACAAAUGAACAACAGAAGAUCUUGGAGCAGAAACGCCAGGAGAUCGCAGAGCAGAAACGUCGAGAAAGAGAAAUCCAGCAGCAAAUGGAAAGUCGGGAUGAGGAGACCUUGGAACUCAAAGAGACUUACACCUCACUGCAGCAGGAGGUAGACAUCAAGACCAAAAAGCUCAAAAAGCUCUUUUCCAAGCUCCAGGCUGUGAAGGCUGAGAUCCAUGACCUGCAAGAAGAACACAUCAAGGAGCGCCAGGAGCUGGAGCAGACACAGAACGAGCUCACCAGGGAGCUAAAGCUCAAGCAUCUUAUUAUAGAAAAUUUUAUCCCCUUGGAAGAGAAGAAUAAAAUUAUGAAUAGAUCCUUUUUUGAUGAAGAAGAAGACCAUUGGAAAUUACAUCCUAUAACUAGACUGGAGAACCAGCAGAUGAUGAAGCGGCCAGUCUCUGCUGUGGGAUACAAGAGACCCCUGAGCCAGCAUGCACGGAUGUCUAUGAUGAUUCGGCCAGAACCCCGAUACAGGGCAGAAAACAUCAUGCUCUUGGAGUUGGAUAUGCCCAGCCGGACGACCAGAGAUUAUGAGGGCCCAGCCAUUUCUCCCAAGGUCCAGGCUGCUCUAGAUGCAGCUCUGCAGGAUGAAGAUGAGAUACAGGUGGAUGCAUCAUCCUUUGAAAGCACUGCAAACAGAAAAUCCAAGGCCAGGCCCAAGAGUGGCAGGAAAUCAGGAUCCUCCUCUUCCUCCUCAGGAAACCCUGCAUCUCAGUUUUACCCACAGUCUCGGGGGCUGGUUCCCAAGUAACCCAGCACCCCCUCCCAGGGUAGGAACAGCGUUGUCUUCUGAGAGAAGAGCGAGCACAAAACUGCAGAGAUGACUUGAGCCUAAACGCAGAACCAUUCCCCUGAGGAGAAGAGAUGGCCUCUUUGCAGAUUAGCCAACUCAAUCUGCCUGAACAUGCUGGUCCUGAUUUGGCACUCAGCUCCUCUGGGAAGUGUCCUUGAAUUAGCAUCUCAGAAAUGCAUGGGUAAGGUAAAGUGCAAAGUCCAAGUGGACAGCAAGAGAAUGACCACAACCUUGCUUUCCUUCUUACCCCCUUCCCCACCCUCCCUUCCUCUCCUGUCUUCUAGCCUCUUCCUCACACCAGGUUCCCUUCUUGUUAAACAAUAUGACGUCGAGGCCUCCUUAGGACCAUUUGUGUGGAGGCCUGGAGUCAAAUGACAGUGGAGCUGGGGAGUAAAAGCCCUAGAACUCGAAUAGGUGCCUGCUUUUGUCAGGUGAAAUGAAGAGAUCUCACUUGGAACCAAGGCCCAGGAUGGCACAGCCAGCGAUCCAGCUUCCAGGCCCCUCGGUAGGAGUAGAUCUGCCUGUGGAAUCUGCUGAAUGGGGCAAUGGCUUCCAGUUCCUGCUCCAGAAGGACUUGGUGUUGGAAGCAAUAGAAAAGACAUUCCCUUUGCCUCCAGGGAGAGUUUGGGGAAAUAGCUUUUUUUAAACCUCAAAACCAUGAGCAUCCUGUUAAAGACCUAAGUCUAUAAACCAGUGCCAUGUCCAUCU